AUGCCAGCAUUCUCGUUUCUUUGGCAGUCUGCGGUUCGUGUGGGCAGCGUCAAGAUGGCGCACAGGUGUCAAUGCGUCGAAGCCAUACAAAUCUGCCGCAUGCUUGAAGGCGAGCUCAGCAGGAACCGGAAUAGCACUUUUAUCGGCGUGGAUUAUCAACAAAUCGAGCGUCUGGCCUGCAGUGCGAUCAAUCAAGCUGUUGAUGCCGACAUCGAUGAGUCUGCAGUCAGCGUACAGUUCCCAUUCCAAGCCUUCCGAGAUGCUCUCACUCGUUACAACCUGGAAUUUGACGGGAGGCAGGCGACCGAGAGGAUGGAGGAUGCCAGGUUGCGGGACGAUGCCGCCACCAGAAGACAUUCGUCUCUGUGCGAGAAACUUGCCAAACACAGUGAUCAUCCUCGCCCCUUCUCGCCUUUGGUCGAAUUCUGCAUCGCGCCUGUGGAGCAAGAACAACGCCAAGCUUCUCUGCGCGAGGCUGUAGGGCUAACAUUUCAUGUUGACAAAACGACAGCGCUACCUGGGCUCUUAUUCCGUUUCCGAAGGAAGUAUGCAGGCUACCGACUGAACAGCAAAUCCAAGCUCCCGCCCGUUGCUUAUCCCGACUUCUAUGUGGAGUCGAAAUUGAUGAAUGUCAACGAGACCUUGGUCAGACCGGUCGACAGCGAGGAGCUGGCCCAGAGCAUCGAUUCUCGCGCUAAACUCUGGGUGUAUGGCGACUGUCUUGAAGGACACUAUGAGCUACAUCGACCGAUGAUCGGCGCAUCAGGUCGCGUCCGCUCCGUGAGUAUUGCCCCUACUCAUGGGAAGUCUGUACGGGUGUUCAAAGACAUGCGGGGACAACUGGCUUCAGAUCGUCUUCUACUUGAUCCCGACUUCUCGUCGCCAGGUAUCGUUCAAGGCGGUGACAGGCUCAAGACUGCCGGUCGUAUUUACGCCGAUGAAGGGCCGAGCGGUGCUCUCAUCCAGAUGCGACCCACGAAUGACAUGCCCAUUAUCAGCAACGUACAUCGUCGACUCGACGAAACCUCUUCCCCUCCCUUCAUCCCGCCAGUAGGGUCACUUCAUCGUUCGGAGUCGAUUUCCACCAAAAGCUCGGCAGUUACGACACUGCCUCUUCUUCCUCGCCCAAUUGAAUCUCCUGGGAUGCCGCCGACUCCGUCGCAGCCAAUGAUCUUGAAUAGUCUCUUACCGCUCAACUCCACCCCCGCCCCAACUCGGGCACACGCCCUGCGCGACUGUGACGACCGCCAUCCCUCUCUCGACGUACCGUUGCGUUCCUCUGAAAGGCGUGCCGCGGCUGCAGCACGGUCAUCAUCAUCUCGGCGCGUGCUAACACAGCCUAUGAGUCUGUUUUCGAAGGCUAGUCUGCAACACGCUAAUCCGACUGAUGAGGUGAAGGAAUCUUACUUUACGAAGCCGAAGGGGCCGGGGAAGGUGAAAGACUUGAUUGGGCUUUUCGAAGGCCUUCGUGGGCAGGCGAAUCGCCGGGGAGCGCAGGAACGCACCGAAGAGCGGCAUGCUAUCUCUAAAACGAAGAGCUAUAUUGCACGACGCUGA